AUGGGACAGGUAGCAGCUGAUGCUUUUGGGCAACCAGUGGCAGUUUAUCAAACCAAACCUAUCUUUGAUGGAGAACCAGAACCUCCUCGCCUUCAUUUACCUCUUGACCCACCAGCUCGGAACAUGCUUUCUAAACCUCUUAUUUUGCAUUUAGUGGGUAAUCAUUAUUAUCCACUAAUCAUCAAACCUUCGAUUCGCCUCGAAUGGCCGCCUGUUCCUUUCUGGCACCGCGAGCUUUGGGAUGAACGUCAACCCUCACAAUCUUACAAGGCAACAUGGAAAUACUUGCACAUCAAGAAGGCCAAGCCAGGGACCCAAUUCACUCCUAAUGGGUAA